AUGGGCCCCAAUCCGUACCUCCUUGCCGCCGACAACCCCGCGGCCCUGCUCACGCUGCUCCGUGAGAACCCCGCCAUCGCCUCGGGCCAGGAUGAGCACGGUUACUCGCUCGUCCACGCCGCCGCAAGCUACAACCACCUGGACCUCCUGCGCGCCAUAGUCAGGGAAUUUGGCGUCAACGUCGACCUGAGGGACGAGGACGACGAGACGGCGCUGUUCGUCGUCGAGACCGUCGAUGCGGCCAAGUGCCUUGUCGAGGAGCUCGGCGCUGACAUAGCCGCCAAGGGCGCCGACGGCAUCACCGCCAGCCAGAAGAUCGAGGCCGAGGCCGACUACCCUGAAGUCGCCGAGUACCUCAAGGGCGUCGAAUCCCAACGGGCCGCCGACGCCACUGCUGCUGCCGCCGCCGCUUCAACUGGCACCACCGAGGGCAACGCCAAAUCUACUACAACCGCCGACACCGCCGCGCCGCCCAUCGAGAUGCCGCCCGUCCCGGAGGGCCUCGCCGUGACGCUCGGCACCAUGGACCAGGUCGACGAGGUCCCCGAAGAGGUCGACCCCGAGUUCAAGCGCCGGAUAGAACAGCUAGCCGAGAGGGAGGACUUCCACACCCCCGAGGGCCAGGCCGAGCUGCGCCGUCUCGUCGAGGACGCCAUCCUUGACCAGGGCUUGGGCGACGAGCGCAGCGUGCGCCAGAAGCAGGCUUAG